AUGUCUUCUUAUUUAGUUACCAUUCGAGAUACAAUUUAUGCAUUGACAUCAUGUUGCUUUCCAAACCCCUCCAUCUACAUCAACAAGAAGAAUUACAAGGUGAUUUAUCUGCUGGGCGAAGGUGGCUAUUCGUUUGUCUACCUCGUCAAGGAAGAGUCCAGCCAUCGACUAUUCGCUUUGAAAAAGAUUCGCUGUCCUAUAGGUGAUAGAGCGUUAUCAGAUGCGAUGCAUGAAAUCGACAUGUAUCAAUUGUUUCAGAGCGAAUACAUCAUUCGGGUGCUGGAUACAAGCGUAUUGACGGAUCCAGAUGGCACAAAGACAGUAUACAUCUUUUUGCCCUAUUACAAAAGAGGUAAUCUUCAAGACAAUAUUAAUGCAAACAACAUCAACAAGUCAUUUUUCCCGGAAAAGGAUUUAUUGGAAUUUUUCCUCAAGGUGUGCUAUGCACUAAGAGUACUUCACAACCAUCAUGAGUUACCGCCAGCAACUGAAACGACAGCACUAGCAGCAGAACAGGAUCAUAAUGAGGAUGGUCAUUUGGUACCUUAUGCGCAUCGUGAUCUCAAGCCUAGCAACAUUCUCAUCUCAGAUGAUGGCAAAACACCUAUUCUCAUGGACUUUGGAUCGGUCAUGAAAGCGCGUAUUCACAUUCGAUCUCGACAGGACGGGUUGUUACAACAGGACAUUGCUGCUGAAAACUCAACGAUUCCAUACAGAGCACCUGAGCUGUACGACGUGCAAACAGGAUCCACGCUGGAUGAAAAGGUAGACAUUUGGAGUCUGGGAUGUACCAUCUACGCAGCUGCGUAUGGCCAGAAUCCGUUUGAGGCGAGUGUCAAUGAAAUGGGUGGAUCCAUUGCAUUAGCCAUCUUGAAUGGUCAUUACAAGUUCCCGCUUGAUAAAGAGCAAGAUGAUCCGUACAGUGACGAAUUUAAGGCACUGAUUCAAUUCUUACUGGUGAUCGAUCCCAAAGAAAGACCCACUAUUCAUCAAGUCAUUGGAAAGUUGGAAUCCAUCUUACAAUAA